AUGAGCUUCUUUUCAUGUUGUACGUCACAAGAGAAGACCAACAAGAACUCAUCCAAGAGGAGCAGUAAGGACUAUAGUCACACAAAAGCUCUACCAUCAUUUGCCAACAUGUGUUUCAAAACUGAUAGCAGCAAGCGGAAGUACAUAGAAGAAGAAAUAGCCAAAAUUGGAAAAGGAAAUAUUACCUCUCAGAUUUUUUCUUAUCAUGAACUAUGCGUUGCAACUCGUAACUUUCAUCCUGAUAAUAUGAUCGGUGAAGGUGGCUUUGGGAGGGUAUACAAAGGACGCAUUAAAAGCAUAAAUCAGGUUGUUGCUGUGAAGCAACUUAACAGGAAUGGAUUCCAAGGAAACAGAGAAUUUCUUGUAGAGGUUUUGAUUUUGAGUCUUUUGCACCACCCUAACCUUGUCAAUUUGGUAGGAUAUUGUGCUGAUGGUGAUCAAAGGAUUUUGGUAUAUGAGUACAUGGUGAACGGCUCUUUAGAAGAUCACCUUCUUGAACUACCUCCGAACAGAAAGCCUUUGGACUGGCGUACUAGAAUGAACAUUGCAGCAGGUGCAGCAAAAGGACUUGAAUAUUUACAUGAAGUAGCAAAUCCCCCAGUGAUAUAUCGUGAUUUCAAAGCAUCAAACAUACUAUUAGAUGAAAACUUCAACCCAAAGCUCUCUGAUUUUGGACUUGCAAAGCUUGGUCCAACUGGUGAUAAAACACAUGUAUCCACAAGGGUGAUGGGAACAUAUGGCUACUGUGCACCUGAGUAUGCCUCAACAGGUCAAUUGACUACAAAAUCAGAUGUAUACAGCUUUGGUGUUGUGUUUCUAGAGAUGAUCACAGGAAGAAGAGUAAUUGAUCAAUCAAGACCAUCUGAAGAACAAAACUUAGUCACUUGGGCACAACCACUAUUCAAAGACAGAAGAAAAUUUAUAUCAAUGGCUGAUCCAUUGCUAAAAGGGAACUACCCAACAAAGGGUCUAUACCAAGCACUAGCAGUUGCAGCAAUGUGUCUUCAAGAGGAAGCUGAUACUCGACCUUUGAUUAGUGACGUGGUUACAGCCCUUGAAGUUCUAACGAAGAAGCAUGUCCAAGUGGGUAAACAACAACGUAUAAGAGAGACAUAUUUUGAGGAUGGGGAAUGCAGUUGA